AUGUCCCUGCCUUCAAUAACCCGCUGUUCCACACGACACCUCCGCCCACAAUCGCUCACUCCCCAACUCACCCGCACAUUCUCCAUUCGCCCAGCACUCCGCACCGACACCUCCGCAUCCACCAUCGCAACAUCCUUCCUCACGCGCUUCCAAUCCCUAGGCCCGCAAACCCGCUCCCAAAUCCUCGAUGCUAAUCAACUCCAACUUCUCUCUCUAACACUCAAUCGACCCUCACUAUUCCCCAACUCCCCAUCUCUCUCCAACACCCCAACCUCCCUGCCGACCGGCACGCCCUUACCCGCCGGAUACCACCUUGUGUACUUCACCCCCGCAUUCUUGGAAAAUGAGCUCGGCGCGGACGGCACCGACACCUCAUAUAACCCUGCGUCGCCGUUCACGCGUCGCAUGUGGGCCGGCGGGGAGGUGCAUUGGCCGAGGGGAAAGGACGGCAAGCCGAAUUAUUUAAGGGUAGGGCAGGAGGUGCAGGAGACGACGAGGGUGCUUAGUGCGGAGCCAAAGAUUGUGAGGAAGACCGGGGAGGAGAUGAUUGUUGUGGGUGUUGAGAAGGAGUUUAGGAAUGAAGAUGGAGUGGCUGUUUUGGAUAGGAGGAACUGGGUCUUUCGCAAAGCUCUUACCUCGCCGUCGCCUACGAGUUCAUCUACACCCCCGGCGACGAAGGCAUUCAAUGGACCAGCUAGUUCGUCUACGGAGACGAGUGAAAAUGUGCACACGCGCACAUUGCGCCAAACGGCAGUGACAUUGUUCCGGUUCUCCGCGUUGACAUUCAAUCCGCACAAGAUCCAUUACUCGACACCGUGGGCGAGAGAUGUCGAGGGUCAUAAGGAUAUUGUUGUGCAUGGGCCGUUGAAUCUCAUUUCGAUUUUGGAUCUGUGGCGCGAUACGAGGAAGAAUGGAAGCGGGGAGGAGGUGGUUCUUCCGGAGAAGAUCUCGUACAGGGCGACGAGUCCGCUGUAUGCGGAGGAGGAGUAUCGGAUUGUGUUGGAAGAUGGAGAGGAUGGGAUCGGGAGGGUGCAGAUUGUUGCGCCAGGGGAGCUGGUGGCUAUGAAGGCGGAGAUUCAGCUAAAAUGCUGUCGUACCCACCCCUGCACAAACUGCCUGAAGCGCAACGAAGCCGGCACCUGCACCUUCGUCGGGCGCGGUCCGCGCGGCAAGAUUUCGAGUAAUGGACGAACCAGCCCGGCGCACGUUCAGGAUCGAUUACAACACUUGGAGAAUUUGAUUUUGUCGUUUACGCAGCAGCAGCAACAGCAACAGCAACAGCAGGAGAAGCCGGAUAGUGUGGGCGAACACCAACAGGUUAUUAAUAAUGGUGGUCAGAUCACGCCGGCAUCGUCGGUGCCACCAUCAUUGUCAUUUGGGGACGUACAGCAGGCACAGAAGGAGGGGGAAUCGGAAACUCCGCCUCCUGAUCCCGGGAGGUUGGUCGUUGGGGAGAGAGGGAUGAGGUAUAUUGAUGGAGCGCAUUGGACUGCGAUUCUCGAGGAGAUUAGCGGGGUCAAGGAGUACCUAAGGGAUAACGAGGAGAUGGGAUUGUCGGACGAGGAAGGGGAAGAUGAGGAGAUGGUGAGGCCGUCGAAUGCGCCAACGCUAUUACUUGGGUUGCACCAGGAAAUGACUAUGGACGAGUUGUUGGACGGUUUGCCGGCUCGGCCGGUCGUGGAUCGGGUCGUUGCUAUGUUUGUCAGCCUUAAUGAGCCGACGACAGUAGUGAUGGUGCACUUUCCUACUUUCCAGAAACAGUAUAAUCAAUUCUGGUCAAGACCAAAGGAGGCCUCCGUUUCUUGGCUGGCACUGCUGUACGCGGCUCUCACUAUCACAAUGUCCGUGUAUAUGCGCACCGGGGAGCCGCUACCGGCAGAAUUUGGGGAAGCAACUGAGGCUGUCCAGCGCCUCAGGCACUUGACGGCGCAGUGUCUAGUUCAGUCAAACUACACCGUUCCCGGCCGUUUCAAAGUGGAAGCUCUGUUUUUCUACACAAUGUGCGAGUUCUUUCGCAGCGAGGAUGCCCAGGUCGGAGUAUCGUUCCUGCUAAACAUGACAAUUCGGCUGGCCAUGCGGUCAGGGUACCACCGGGAUCCGCAACAGUUUCCGAAUAUCUCACCAUUCGAAGGCGAGAUGAGGCGGCGGGUCUGGGCUAUCAUGCGCCAACUGGAUGUCCUGAUCUCGUUUCAGGUUGGGGUCCCGCGGGGUAUACAGGACUGGCAGCAGGACGUGGAGCCCCCGCGUAACAUCUCUGAUGAGGAAUUCGGGGAGUCUACCGUUGAGCUGCCGCCAUCUCGACCCGAGACUGAACUCACUACAACUUCAUAUAUCCGCGGAAAAUCGCGACUUAUGGCUAUCUUUGGGAAGAUCUCCGAUUUAGCGUACUCGCGCGAUCCCAUGACAUAUGAUGAAAUACUGGCCCUGGACCGACAACUGGAAGAAGCUCGGGAUCUUGUGCCCCAUGCAUUCAAGAUACGCCCUCUUGACCAGUGCUUUGUGGAUUCUUCAUACCUGAUCCUGAGACGAUACACACUGGAACUGCUGUACCAGAAGGCCCGCUGCGUGCUGCACCGGCGCUACCUGGGCGAGGUGCAUACCAACCCCCGCUAUGCGUAUUCGCGUUGGGUAUGCAUGAGCGCUUCCAAGGAGAUUCUCCGCCACCAGGCGGAUAUCUACCACGAGACUCAGCCGGGUGGGCUUCUUUACCGAGACCGACAAUUCCCGAACUCGCUACAGACUGCAGAUUACUUGCUUGCCGCGAUGAUCAUCUGUUUGGAUCUGUCGCAGAACCCUACCGGCACACCGCCAGGAAGCACUGACGAAGAUGUUAUCCGGGGCCGGGAGGAACUGCUAUCGACCAUUGAAACGUCGCACCGGAUCUUCGAGCAGCAGCGUAGACGGUCGGCAGAUGCACAAAAGGCAUACGCUGCACUAACAAUCAUGCUGCGGCGGUUGAAAGCCCAGAAAUUGGACAGCGAACAACUGGCUUCCGCACAACAACAACCAUAUGGAAGCUCCAAUGGACAGUCAUACCCAGUGGUAGAUACAAUGGGUAUUACCCCAGAGUAUCAGUCACUCGACGUGAUCGGAGAGAUGCUCGAUGCGCCAACCAAUCUCGACUGGAAUCUCUGGGACCAGCAUAUGCAAAGUGUCGCCGACAUGGGGGUAGGGUUAUGGGGGGAUAAUGUACCAGGAAGUGUAAACAUAUAG